AAAUUAUUCCACUACGUUUUGUUCUUUAGUUUCACUUUGUUCCUCGCUUACAUUCUUCUCGCUUUCCUAAUAAACAUGUCUCCCUUAGUCAUGCUGAUCUUGGGUUUCCUUUUUGUUAUAUUCUGUAUUUUGAUAUGGCUACGGCCCAAAUGCCCCACGGGAAUAUUUACUCCAGACUCACAAUUCAUGACACUGACUAUGGACAAAUUUCUGAACGAUAUGGAGAAGGAGAAGCCAAUCAGGUUUACCAAUCAGCAUCUAAUGAUUGCCACUGAUAACUACUCUUACUUGUUGGGGUCAGGAGGUUUUGGAGCAGUCUACAAGGGAAUUUUUAGUGAUGGAACAAUUGUAGCUGUGAAGGUUCUACAUGGAACUUCAGACAAGAAAAUUGAGGAGCAGUUCAUGGCAGAAGUGGGUACAAUUGGCAAAACUCAUCACUUCAAUCUUGUUCGGCUCUAUGGAUUUUGCUUUGAAAGAAACAUGAGAUCACUGGUUUAUGAGUACAUGGGGAAUGGCUCUCUUGAUAAGUACCUGUUUCAUGAAAAGGGGAGCAUAGGAUUUGAGAGGCUUCAUGAGAUUGCAGUUGGGACAGCCAAAGGCAUUGCUUACUUGCAUGAAGAGUGCCAACAGAAAAUAAUCCACUAUGACAUAAAACCAGGAAACAUUCUCUUGGACAGGGAUUUUAAUCCUAAAGUUGCUGAUUUUGGCUUAGCCAAGCUUUGUAAUAGGGAAAAUACUCAUAUAACCCUGACUAGGGGUAGGGGCACUCCUGGUUAUGCUGCACCUGAGCUUUGGAUGCCUAAUUUUCCUGUAACUCACAAGUGUGAUGUUUACAGCUUUGGCAUGCUGUUAUUUGAAAUCCUAGGCAGGAGAAGAAACCUUGACAUUAACCUUUCCGAUGAGAGCCAAGAGUGGUUUCCAAUAUGGGUUUGGAAAAGGUUUGAUAAAGAACAAGUGGAUGAAUUAGUAGUAGCAUGUGGGAUAGAGGAUCAACAUAGGGAUGUUGCAGAAAGAAUGAUUAAGGUAGCUUUGUCAUGUGUUCAGUAUAGGCAAGAAUCGAGACCUGUAAUGAGUGCUGUGGUGAAAAUGUUGGAAGGUUCAGUUGAAAUUCCAAAACCUCUGAACCCAUUUCAGCAUAUGAUUUUCCCAGAUCAUCAUCCACUCCCAGCAUCACAAACCAACAUUGAUACAAGUAUGGGUUCAGGCUCCUCAGUCAUAGUGACUGAUCAUGAAGAUUCUAGCUUUGCACUUGCUCCUGUUGUCACCAAGCUCGAAAUUGAAUCAGCCUCAACGUAAAAUUCAUUCAGUGCCACAAAAGUUCCAUCAAUACUAGUUGUUUUGUAUUUGGUAAAGUGGCCAGUAAACUUUUUUUUUUUCUUUUUCCUCUUUUCCCGAAAAUGUAAGGGUUCACAAUUAAUUUGUACUUCAAGGAUCAGUUUGUUUACCGUU